UCCCCCAAAACGAGAGCAAGGAACGCCCCUAUCUACUGUGUGCGUGUCGUCGCCAUUGCCACCGCUCGAGAGAUUCCUGAGAUUGGAAAGAGGGAAGGGAAGUGAGAGAGGGAGGAGGCCACGGCCAUGUCGUCAUUGGGGACGUCCAAGGGGAUCCUCGAGAUCGCCAAGUUCGGGGUGUACGUCGCCGUCCCCGUUACCCUCACCUACCUCGUCGCCACCGACUCCAAGGCCAUCAAGAAGCUCAUGGGCCUCCGUCCUUAUGUGGUUUACCCUCCAGAAGGCCCACGACCACCACCGCCCGAAGAACUUCGUGAAAGGGCUCGGGAGAUAGCUCGCAGCAGAAGGCAAGAAUAAACAGGUGGACCAUGGUUGCUCCAUAUAGUUUGUACUCAGAUAAUCUUCUGCAUGAUACUACGAUCCAAAAGAUUCAUGAAACUGGGACACAAAAACUUCGACUAUCAGACAUGCUGUCAUGGGUGUAUGGUUGUCAAAUAACAUGAUUUCACUUUGGAAGAAACCCACUUGACUCCGGUUAUUCUGUUGUGGUGUUUCUGGUUGUUGAUGUAAAAUUAUGAAAUGUUUGUGAGUUGCGACCAAGAGUAAUAAACCGGUUUCACCGCAUGA